AUGGAGAACGAUAUAACGAUAACACCUGUCAGUAACCAAAAUGGUAUCGAAAUACCGGGAACACCGGGUGAACAGGUUAAACUUAGUAAAAAGACUUUGGCUUUGUUAGAAGAAGAUAAGGCUCAAGGUGACUCUCAAUCAGAACAUGAACCUGCUGAUAUUCCAAUUUGGCAAAAAACCAUGAUGAAUUCCUUUUAUAAAGUUCUUGGUGAAGAUCCUCCUCCAACUCCGAUUACUAGAUCUCGUUCACGUCGAGAUAAAGAACCUGUACGUCCCUCAGAAACUCAGUUAGCCGCUCCUUACAUUGAAGAACAGCGUCCUGAACGACCUGACUUUAUAAAACGUGUUCCCAUUUCUGAAACUGACGAUUCCUUGAGUCCACCUGAAAUAAAUGAAAUUGGUGAAUCAUCUAAACGAAAAAAACAUUUGAAAGCACGUUUUCAGAAUGCUGUCCAACUGGCAGCUCUCAACUCAAGAUUUGCAAAAAGUGACGAUAGACAAUUAAAAGAAAUUGGUGGCGGUGUCCAGAAUACUUCUUUAAUAGCUGCUCCAUUUUUAUGGUUUAAAAGAGAUCAUAAAGGGCGUAAAGCGCUUGCAAUCACUGACUCUCAUAAAGAUCCGCUAUCAUAUAACUGGCAGAGUGUUUUUCGAAUCGAAUUAUCAUACGGUGAUGUUAAAUGGGUAGUAAAUCGAACUGGUUUUGAUUUUAUAACACUUCAUGUUAAUCUGUCGCGAAGAGCUGAACUUUCACGUUUGAUACCAAAUUUUCCCUCCGGAAUUUCACAUUGGUUCAAAACUAAAUUCUUACAAUCGUAUCAAGAUAGACAUCAUGUUGCUGCUCUCGGAAGACGAAAAGAAUUAGAAGAUUAUCUAAUUAGUUUAUUAGAAAAGACUUCGUUACAUGUUUCAUAUGACCUUUACGAAUUUUUGGAACUUAGUGCAAUUUCCAUUUCAAGAGAUAUGGGAUGGAAGGGUAAAGAAGGUUAUAUGGAAAAUAAAGUCGAACGAUUUAAACAUCCUAUUUGUACUUUUAAUUUUGCAAAUGAAACAUGGGAACGAAGAUGGAUUAUAGUUCGUGAUUCUUCAACAACUCCUUCGGAUGUUUUCCUUAUAGAUAAACAUUUUUCAUGCGAGAAAUUGUCUUCGCAAGGAAUUUCUCAAGUGUUACAAUUUCAUGAUCGUAUAGAAAUUAAAAAUAGUUCGCGUCGAAUUGAAAUUAAAGCUGAUUCACAUAAAUUAGCCGAUUUCAUGAGCAGCAUCGAGACUAUUCAAAAGGCUUCUCCAUGGGUUCAACAACAUCAACACAAUUCAUUUGCUCCCAUUAGAGAGAAUGCAAGAGUUAAAUGGUAUGUUGAUGGUAAAGAUUAUUUCUUUGCUGUGUCACAGGCUUUAUUGGCCGCAAGAUCGGAAAUUUAUAUUGAAGAUUGGUGGUUAUCACCUGAAUUGUAUCUUCGUCGGCCACCUUCUGAAAAUGAAGAUUUUCGAUUAGACAAGUUAUUACAAAAAAAGGCUGAAGAAGGCGUGAUGAUUUACAUUAUCGUAUAUAAAGAGGUUAGGCUUGCCUUACCUUUGGAUUCUCAUCAUACCAAAUUUUACCUUCAAGGUCUUCAUAAAAAUAUUAAAGUACAAAGACAUCCUGAUCAUGGUAUUGAAGGAGUAAUAUUCUGGGCGCAUCAUGAGAAAAUGGUAGUGGUUGACAGUCGUAUAGCAUUUAUCGGAGGGUUGGAUUUAUGUUUUGGGCGUUAUGAUACUCAUUCUCAUGAUCUAUCUGACUGGCCCUCAAAUUCGAAAUCCCCAUCUAUAUGGCCCGGUCAAGAUUAUUCAAAUCCAAGAAUAAAAGAUUUUCAAAACGUCGUUGAACAUCAAACUGAAUUAGUUGAUAAAUCACGUUACCCACGCAUGCCUUGGCAUGAUGUUGGCCCACCAGCUCGUGACGUUGCUCGACAUUUUGUUCAAAGAUGGAAUUUCAUAAAAGAAGAAAAAUCAUUUGAGCGUGAAACUUUGCCAUUUUUGUUGCCGAAAGGUGAAUAUGUUAGCACUCGUGAUGAAUCUAGAUUCAGGGGAACUUGCGAGGUUCAACUUUUACGUAGUAGUACAGUCUGGAGUAGCGGAAUUAAACUUGAAUGUUCUAUUUAUAACGCAUAUCAACAUUUAAUUCGGAAUUCUAAGCAUUUCAUUUAUAUUGAAAAUCAAUUCUUUGUCACAUCAACAGAAGAUGAUCCAAAUUAUGCCGUUAAAAACAGGAUUGGCAUGUCUAUUGUUGAACGUAUAAUAAAAGCACAUGAAAAUGGCGAGAAAUUCCGCAUCAUAGUUAUCAUGCCUUUAUUACCUGGGUUUGAGGCGGAUUUAAAUUCCAGUGAUGCUGGGACGAUUCGCAUGGUGAUGCACUGGCAAUAUGUUUCAAUUUGUCGAGGUGGUAAAUCUGUAUUAGAAAAAAUAAAACAAGCUGGCAUAGAUCCGGAAAAUUAUAUAUCAUUUUUUGCAUUGCGUGGCUAUGAUAAAAUUAAAAAUAAGGAGUUAGAUCAUUUAACACCUGAUGAUUCUAUUAAGGAUAAUCAAAGUGAAAUAUCAGAACAAUCACACCAAAAUGAUAUUAGUACAGAUUCAUACUCUGAUGAACAAACAAAGUCUACUCUAAGAGGAAUCGGAGGCGAGCCGGGUAUGCCUGCUGGCAUGAUGCAUUCAGAUUCUAAGCAUGUUUAUGUUACAGAGGAAGUAUAUGUUCAUAGCAAGUUGAUGAUUGUUGACGACAAAUACGUCAUUAUUGGUUCAGCCAAUCUAAAUGACAGAUCACAGCUAGGUAGUCGUGAUUCAGAAAUAGCGAUUGUUGUUGAAGAUAAACAGACUAUUAAAUCACGUAUGAACGGACAUGAGUAUGAAGCAUCCAAAUUUGCUUAUACACUACGCAGCAAUCUUUUCAAAGAAUUUUUAGGUCUUCUUAAACCUCAAGAUCAUGUAACAAUUACUAAAAGUAGUUUAGCACCUAUUCAACCUGAUAUAUUAAAGGAAAUAUUGCAUGAUAGGGAUGCUUCAUCUACAACAGUAUUGGAUGAAGUAUUGAUCGGUUCAGGAUCUAAACAUCCUACAAAAGAAGAUUUAGUUGUUAUGGAUCCGUUGUCUGAUGACUUUUAUAAUUAUUGGAAAAGAAUUGCACAAAAUAAUACCGAUAUCUAUAGAGCAGUUUUUAAAUGUGUUCCUGAUGAUAAUGUCGUUAAUUGGAGACAAUAUGAAGACUUUGUUCCAAAUCCAACAGUUGUUGAUAAAGGACAUGCAGCAAUUUCAAAUACUAGUGAUAUUAAAGCAAAAUUGGACAAGAUUCGAGGACAUUUAGUUACAUUCCCUAUUCAUUUCUUAGAAUCGGAAAACUUGAUGGGAAGUGUUAUUUCAAAUGCUGUCACUCCUACUGAAAUAUUCACUUAA